AUGUUCAGCAAUCAAUUUUUGCUCUUGCUGGGCGAUUGGAGAGGUUUUGGUGACAUUUCCAACAGAAAUUCCCGAGACAUUUUAUUUGGCGCCGCCACUGCUGCGCACCAGAUUGAAGGUGCCUGGGACGAAGAUGGCAAAGGACCAAGCAUGUGGGACAAAUUUGUUCACGACAAUCAAAGCAGGACUGCAGAUGGUCAAAAUGCUAAUAUAGCUUGUGAUUCCUAUCACAAAUGGAGCGAAGAUAUCGAAAUCAUGAAACGAUUGGGACUUAGCAUUCACAGGUUCUCAAUUUCUUGGCCUAGGAUAAUGCCAAAUGGUACACCAAACAAAAUUAACCAAGCCGGUAUAGACCACUACAAAACCUUCAUUAAUGCUCUUAAAGAAGCUGGAAUUGAACCACUGGUUACCAUGUACCAUUGGGAUCUACCCCAGUAUCUUUACGAACUAGGAGGAUGGUUGAAUGAGGAUAUCGUGAAUUAUUUUGGUGAUUAUGCCAGAGUGCUGUUCAAGAAUUUUGGUGAUGAUGUCAAAUUUUGGGCAACAUUGAAUGAACCCAAAUCAACAUGCUUGGUUGGAUAUGGAACUGAUACGGCUGCCCCUGGUUUGAAUCUUGUCGGAGAUGGAGUUUACAGAUGUGCCAAAGUUCAGUUGCUUGCCCAUGCCAAAGCUUACCAUAUCUACAAGGAUGAAUUUGCUGCAACACAAAAUGGUAAAGUGACAUUGGUUCUCGACACUCCUUACAAUGAACCAGCGACCAACAGCUCCUUAGAUCAAUACGCAGCUGAGGUUGAAAAUGAAUUUAACCUUGGUUGGUAUGCCAACCCUGUAUACCUCGGUGAUUGGCCUGAAAUAAUGAAAACCAGAGUAGCCAACAGAAGCCAACUUGAAGGAUAUUCUUUCUCCAGACUUCCAGCAUUCACUCAAGAAGAAAUAGAUUAUGUCAAAGGAACUUUUGACUACUUUGCAUUAAAUAUAUAUUCUGGAACACUCACUUCAUACGCGGAUGAUUUUCCUAUAGGAGAACCUAAUUUUUAUUUAGAUAAAGGAAUGACCAAUACGCACGGCGAGGAUUGGACACCUUCAACAGUUAGUUGGCUGUACUCGUACCCUCCUGGGUAUCUAAGUAACUUAUUAGAUGCCAUAACUGAGGAUCAAGUCAAUGUCAUUGGUUACACACUUUGGAGCCUACUGGAUGACUAUGAAUGGACCGACGGGUACACUCAAAAAAUAGGAAUAGUACAAGUUGACUUUGACAGCCCAAAUCGUACAAGAACUUUUAAAAAAUCAGCCGAGUGGUACCAGAACGUCAUAGCAACAAGAUGUCUAGUUGACGAAUGUGUCGAGUAG